CUCUCGAGCAUGUUGUGUUCAUGUUUCUUGCAUUCACAUCAUGGCGCGUUUUCUUUGCUGGUGUAUUUCUUGGCUGGUCUUGUGUAUGUCUGCUGCUCAACUUGUGUCAGGGAACGUGUUUGUGACUAAGAAAUGUGACGCUACUAUGUCGAUGACGCUGUCAUUUGUAGGCUCCCCGACUGUUUUUAUUCAGAAGACGAGAGGUAGAGUGGUAAUGGUGACUAAAGAUCUCCCAGGAAUCGUCCUCCGUGUAAAGUUUGGCCGCACCACACUAACGGUGCCCUAUUCUUCUCGGUAUGGUUACGUGACUCAGCAGCGUUCCCAGUUUGUCUUGGUUAUUGCCUUUGGACGUCCCUCUAAUUGGAGAACAUUCACAUGCUCUAAACUAGAAGAGCAACCUAUUCUUCUUGAUGCCGUAAGCAAUGUUGCUGAUAGAUGUACAGUUGCAGCCAGUGAGAAAAUCCCUUGUGGAGGGUCUUCAUCCAUCACUCGAGCAGACUGUGAAGCCAACAACUGUUGCUACGAUUUGAGCAGCAGCACCAGUCCAUGCUACUAUGCCAAUGAUGUGACUGUGCAGUGCACCCCGGAUGGCCAGUUUGUGGUGGUGGUGUCUAUGAAUGUGACCCUUCCUCCCCUGGAUCUUGGGUCCCUCCAGUUGGUGGACAGCAGUUCCCCCAGCUGCAGCCCUGUGACCAGCCUGUCCAGCUUUGUCCUGUACCAGUUUCCAGUCCGUGCCUGUGGUAGCACAGUUCAGGUGUCUGGUGGCAAUGUGACCUACCAGAACACCAUGUCUGCUGCCAUCACUGUGAGGACUGGUCCAGUAGGCUCCAUCACCAGGGACAGUGUCUACAAGUUAUUCUUCCAGUGCACCUACUCGGGAAGCCAGGAUGUGCAAGUGGAGGCUGAGGUGUAUACUGUGGCGCCACCUCUUCCAGUAGUAGAGCAAGGGCCAUUUGACCUGGAAUUGGUCAUUGCAACAGAUUCCUCCUAUGGCUCCUACUAUGUGGAUGCUGACUACCCAGUGACCAAAACUCUGCGGGAUCCUGUGGCUGUGGAAGUUCACAUCGUGAACAGGACUGACCCUAACCUUGUUCUGACACUUGGAGACUGCUGGGUCACCCCAGGACCUUCUGCUUCCAGCCAGCCCCAGUGGAGCCUUCUGGUGAAUGGCUGCCCCUACACAGGGGACAACUACUUGACCAGCUUGGUGACUGUGGACGGCACAUCGGGAGUGGCCUACCCAAGUCAUUACAAGAGAUUUGUGUUUGAGAUGUUUGCUUUUGUGGAUCCUGUCACUCAGCAAGCCUUGGCUGAAAAGAUCUUCAUCUACUGUGUUGCUGCUGCCUGCUAUCCCUCUGCCACAGACCCCUGUACUCAAAGCUGCCCUGCAAGAAGAUCUGGCAGAGCUGCAGACAAGAUGGCACAACACAUUUUCUCCAGGAAGCCUGUGCUCCUUCAUAGUGGUCCUGUUGUGGUGAAAGCAGAUGGUGUGCAGACGUCAAGGCUGGAGCAGAAAGCCCCUCUUACCACUGGAUACCUGGUGCACGGAGCUGUUGCUGGUGGUCCUGGUUUUGGCUGUAGUUGCUGUGAGGCGGUUGAACUAGCAAAAUGUGAAACUGAAAUUUAA